AUCGUAGACAAGGCGUAGGUCCGCCCCACCGGAUUAACCCUUACCUUUUCAGGGUGGCCCGAAUACAAGGUGUCGAACUCUUGACCUGCUAAUCUCAACGACGCCGUUGUUUCAUCUAAAACCUCACCUUGAAGGCUCUUGACAUCUUGUUCUUCAAUGGCGGCAUCCUAGGGCUUAUCUACCCUACAUGUCCGAAGAUAUAAUUUCCAUUCUCCCAUGGAAAAUUUUCGUGGCUCCUCUUGGUUGCCGAGAAGAGGUAACGAAAAGAGAGAUAAGUUUUCAUUUUUUACACUUAGCUGAAUGAAAAUUCAAAAUCUCUACACACAUAACUGUCCCUAAUCCAACUCUCAGGAUUAGGUUAGGAUAUUUUCUCGUUCAGAUUUUCGUUUAAGAAAUCGAUGCAAUGAAUUGAAGGCUUUUUGGAACUUUCGUUUCUUUUCUUUUCAGUGCUUUUCUCUGCGACCAAACGAAAUCCAUAAAUUUCACUACAUGCAGUUCCACUGCAAUCCGUUUAUCCAUAUAGCUUCUUUCUGCUAUUUUGGUUCCAAAGCUCUACUUCUGCUUUGCAUUGCAAUGCUGCUUUGUAUAAUUCCUACUGUUAGUUAUCCGCACAGAAUUUGCAGAUUUGUUCAUUUCUUCGUGAAUUUUUCUUCGUCCUGUGCUCUUAGAACUGUAGAUUUUAUUGAAGAUAGAAAAACCCAUGACAGUGAUUACAUCGAGUUACAUCGUAGAAUGCAGAAUUAUGCCACGUCAGGCUACUUUAGAAAAGCUCUGGAAAUUUUGACUUCCAUGAGAAAUGUACCUGGGAAACCUACCGUGUAUGAUUGCAAUGCUCUGAUGUACUGCUAUUUGAAAUCACGAAACGAAUUGUUGGAAGGGUUGGUUGAGGUAUAUAUUGGGAUGAAAAGAUUUGGGCCGCCCCCUAAUGCCAUAACCUUCAAUAUGCUUCUUAAUAGGAUGUUAUCUCUUGGUAAGUUGAAAGACGCAUUGUUUAUUGCCAAAGAGAUGUGUGGAAGUGGGUUUAAACCGUCAUUUACAUCAUUAUCAAAAUUUUUGAAAAAAUCACUUAAGUUGGGGAGUUUGGAUUGUUCACUUGGUGUGUUUCAGUUAAUGGUGAAGUUGGAAUAUUUGCCAACCGAACCUGUUUUGAACUUGUUGGUUUCUCUGCUCACCAAAGCUGGGAUGAUUGGUGAGGCAUGUUCAGUGUUAUCUGUUCUCCUGGGUAAGGGUUAUUUUUGUAGUGUACAUAGUUAUAAUCUUAUUCUAUGGGCUUUGUGUAAGUCUGGUCAGAGCAGUAGAGCUUUGGAAUUAUUUUGUUUGAUGAAUAAGAAGGGUAACGUACAGAAUGUAUGCUCUUACACUGCUUUAAUGUAUGGCUUUGGUAGAGAAGAUUUAGGAGAAGACCUUUUUCAUUGUUUAAAUGUGAUGCAAAUUGAUGGUUUUAAGGCAAAUAUCAGGACAUACACUGUCCUAAUUAAGUUUCUUUGUGAGGCUGGGAGGAUUGGGGAGGCAUUUGCCUACUUGGGUAGGAUGGAAAGGGAAGGAUGUGAUCCAGAUAUGAUUACAUAUAAUGUAAUUCUCCGUGAACUUUGCCACCAAGAUAGAGUUGGAGAGAUUUGUGAGCUCAUUCAGGUGAUUGACAGAAAGGGAUUUUCACCCAAUCCACACACAUAUGCUGCCUUGGCUGGAGGCAUGUUAAAAGCAGGCAAAAUAGGGGUUGCUCACAAAAUAUUGCUUGAUGUGAUUUCAAGGAACUGUACACUGGAUGUUGCUGUAUAUAAUAUAUACUUCCAUUAUUUAUGUUGUGAGAAUAGGUCAAGAGAGGCGUUAUCUCUGUUGAAGAGUAUGACAGAAGGUGGUUUUAUUCCAAGUAAUGUGUCUUAUAACACAAUUCUGAAAGGUUUUUGUAGAGAGAAUAGCACUGAAGAAGCUUUGGAGCUCUUGGAUCGUUUUGAGUGGGAAAUUAAUGGACCAGAUGUAGUUUCCUUCAAUACUAUUUUGUCUGCAGCAUGCAAACAGGAAAACUCUUCUUUGAUUAAGAGGAUAUUGUUUCGUAUGGAGUAUGAAGGGGUUGAGCUUAAUGUUGUUAGUUUAACUUGCUUGAUUCAGUAUUUCUGUACAGUGGGAAGAUUUUCAGAAUGGUUGAAUGUAAUGGACUACAUGAUCUGUAAAGGCCAAACUCCAACUAUAAUCACUUUUAAUAUGCUAAUGGACAAACUCUGCAAGAGUGGGUUACUAGGAACUGCCCUCCGGAUUUUUAAAUAUCUUAAGAACUCCGGGUAUGUUCUUGAUACGACUUCAUAUAAUAUUCUUAUUCAUGCUUCCAUAAGGGAGGAUCUUAACAUGCUGGUGGACCAAUUGUUUAAGGAAAUGUAUACCCAAGGGCUAAACCCAGAUGCCUAUACCUAUGGGUCCAUCAUUUAUGGUCUUUGUAGAGAAGGGAAUAUAUCAAUUGCUCUCCAGAUGAUGGAUCAGAUGCGAGAGAAUGGACUUACUCCAAGUAUUGCAAUUUACAGUACCCUAUUGAAAGCAAUGCUCCAAAGAGGUAAGGUUUGUGGCUUCAUCUCGUUAUUGAAAACUAUGGUAAUCGAAGGUUGUCAACCUAAUGAGGCAACGCUUGGAAUUCUGAACCAAGCAAUUUCAAAAGGUUGGAUGAAGAAAUAUCCUGAAAUCAGGAAGCUCCUAGGGAUUGUGAUUAUGAGAUAAUUUCAAGGAAGAGACUCGGCAUGUUAUGAAGAAAUAUCCUGAAAUCAGGAAGCUUCUAGGGAUUGUGAUUAUGAGAUAAUUUCAAUACUCUCACAUUAUCUGAAUUUCCAAGAAGAUCAAACCUUUAAUCAGAGUUUUGAGAAUAAAACCGAUGGACCGGUUUAUAAAGUUCACAUUCACAUGCCAAAGAAACCGCCACCUGUGGAGAGCAAGCUUGCUGUGUAGCCUUGCGGUGCUGUACUCUGGUUCAACAAGCAAAAUGAAGAUUUCAAGGACUGGUUGAUGCCAAUAAUGGGGUAUGCCAUAAUUACAAACGAAACGACAAGUGCCAGAAACAGAGAUGCUGACCAUAGAUACGAAGCCUUGAUGGAAAAAAACAGCUCCCAGCAGACCUGGUGUUUGUGAGUGAUGAGAAACUCCAUGAUGUAUACAAAAGAUAUGUCAACGACGUAAUUGUGAGCCAAAGAGUGUCGUUAGACUGGGGACUGGGAGGGAACACGGGUAGUCUCACCAUAAUCUCACCACGCUGAUGGCCCUAAUCGAUCAAUUCCAGUGAACUGGCAUUGUAAGCGCUGGUUUUGAGCUUGUCGUUGACAGAUAGGGAAUGUGGAUAGUAAAAGUGCCUGGUAACGGGUGAUUCAAGGAUAAAAUUUAAGCUAGCUAAACUUCCCACGAGUUGGCCCGAGCAAAGAGCAGCACUUGAGCGUUCUGCCCAAGAUAUCAACAAUGGCUUUUGAACGCUCGGAGAGAUGCUGGCAUACCGAGGAAUGAAUGAUCAGCUGCCUAAUUAAAUAGCUCUCCUCUUUGUCGCGUUAACAAGGAAAAAAGAUAAUAUUAUGACUCUCAAAUAUGUCAUUAAAUGUUUUCACUUAUAUAUUUUUAUUUUAUUUUUCCGUAA